AUACGGGUAUCAAGCUGGUGCGGACUAAGUGUUAGAUACGUUUCUGUUUACAUCGACCGUGUUAAAUCAUAUUAGUGAUUUUUUCAAGACGUUUUUCAAUUUCGAUUACGUAUACAAUGGUUUCAACUUGUAUGUAUCAAGCCAAUCAGACAGCACAUUAAGAAUGCAUUUAAUACGCGAUAUCAACUUAGUCUGAUACAGGCUGUUCUCGAGUAUCGUACCAAUCUGAUACUCCGUCGUUUACAUCGAUCGUACCAAUGGAUUUAGUCCUAAUAUAAUAUAUACUUAGUAUGCGUAUCAAAUGCUUGGUGUAAACAAGAUUUACACGCUGAAACUUAAGACAGUAAUCAUAUGUGUAUGCUGGAUAUUCACUUGUCUACCUAUGCAUAUUGAUUUUUUAAUUCGUAUUAUUCGAUUUCAUGUACAAUUAAAAUUUUGAAGCAAAAAAAUCACUAACAAGAAUUCAUGGCAAACUCAAAAGUCUGAUAAUUGCGAUCAUAUCCAAAAUCAAACUACACACGGGUCCAGGAGUUUUAAUUUUAACACACAUCUAGUGCGACAUUUUAUUUCAAAGUAUUUAACCUUUUUGCUAUGGUGGCGUUGGCCGAAUAGCGAUUAUGAGGUAUACAGCAGCAUAAGCCGCCAGCGUUCGUCUUGGAGCGAAAAAGUGCUAUGACUCCACCGUUUUAACUCGUUGCAUUAAAGAUAUAUAAUUUUUCAAGCAUAAAAGUAAAACGGGAUUUACGACGGAUAUAAUGGCACCAACAAGAGAACGUAGCAAGUUGUGGAAUUAUUUCGAGAAGUUGAAUUAUUCGCUAGUAAAGUGCACGACCUGUCAAAAAGAAAUUAAGACACCUAAUCCAACAAGACGCACAAAAAUAAUGAGAGCACACAUAUUAAAUGUACAUGGAAUAUCCCUUGAUGAUGAGACUGUCACACUACCUGAUGACUUAAAACAAUAUUACUCGGAGUUACCGGCAUAUAAGGCAAAAUGUAAUAAUUGUGGCAAAGCAGUGUCUUUCUUAACAAAUAUUGAAAAUUUACGAGUACAUUUAAGGAGACAUUCCAUAAAAAUCCAGAGUCGAGAUGAGACAGUUAUAAUGACACCGAGAAGAAAACGCAGCAAGAUUUGGAAUUAUUUCGAGAAAUUGAAACCUACGCUGAUAAAGUGCACGACCUGUAAAAAAGAAAUUAAGGUAUCUCACCCAAAAUACCGCACAACAAUAAUGAGAGUACACUUAUUAAAAAAACAUGGAAUAUCUCUCGAUGAUGACACUCACACACUACCUGACAACUUAAAACAAUAUUACUCGGAGUUACCGGGAUAUAAGGCAAAAUGUAAUAACUGUAGUAAAAUAAUGUCUUUCUUGACGAACAAGGGAUAUUUACGAAAACAUUUAAAAAAACAUUCCACAAAUAUUUUGAGUCAAGAUGAGUAAGUACACAUUCAAAAAAUUAUUAAAAUACUAAAGACUA